AGCACCAGACACUCCCACUGGCUAUAAAGCCUAACCAUACCGAACCUCUCAGACAGAAACCACAUGUGGAUCUGAGCACUGGGAGAGAAAGAGUGUAAAAGAGAGAGAGAAAGUGCAAGGGACAGACGUGGAGCCGAGCUGACGGGAGCCACGCAGACGUGGAUCUGAGAGGAGAGAGCAAGAAAGAGAGAACGAGAGAGAGACAAAUAGUAUCCUGAGAGGAUCUGAGAAACACAGUGGGACCUGACAUUCCUCAAUUUGGUUUCUCACCUAGAGAAAGGAAAGUUAAAACUCCACAUGGGACUUUAAUGACAGAGGAACCACGCCAUACUGGAUUGGAGGGCAUCAGAGUCAAAGGAUUUAGAGAGAGAUACUGAGGUAACACUGGUUAUUUUUUUCCUGUGUGAUCAUUGAACUAUACAUGCAUGUCCAGGUGUCACAGCAGUAAAUAAAGCCCCGAGUAGAGAUAGAGCUAGUUGACUGUUGGAACUGCAGAGCACAGUGACCAUGUCCUUCGCCAUGGUGCGGCCGGCGCCCAACCGGUACCUAUACUCAGACAUUUCCAUGUUGUCCGAGGACGAGGAGAAUGGAAGCGAAAGCUCGGGCUCGGACGACCGCUCCUUCAGGCUGGACGCCAGAGGCUAUGACAUCAAAGUCGGGGGCCGCAAACGGAAGCCGGGCAGUGCUGGAGCAGGGCGUCUGGGAGGGGGUCAGCUCCCGCCUCAGAUGCUGCUCUCGCAGGACGGCUCCAUCUCUCCGACGACUGGGCUGCCGCGGCAGCGCAACGCAGCCAACGCGCGGGAACGGGACCGCACCAACAGCGUGAACACGGCCUUCACCGCCCUGCGGACCCUCAUCCCCACCGAGCCAGCCGACAGGAAGCUGUCUAAGAUCGAGACGCUGCGGCUGGCGUCCAGCUACAUCUCCCACCUGGGCAACGUGCUGCUGGUCGGGGAGACAUGCGGGGACGGGCAGCCAUGCCAUGCUGGAGCGACCUCCUCUGCCCACUAUUUACAUCAGCAUGGAUCCCCGGCCCACGACGCAGAGAACUCCCAGCCUAAACAGAUCUGCACAUUCUGCCUCAGCAACCAAAGGAAAAUGAGCAAAGACAGAGACAGGAAAACUGCUCUAAGAAGUUAAUAUCUGGAGGACGACAGAGGGAAGAAACUGACUUGAUGAGCACAACAUAUGAACCAGAACUGUGGACCAGAAACGUGACAUUCUUAAAGGUGUACAUAAAUCAAAACCUGGAUUUAAUUAUAACCCCCCC